AUGGAUGUACAAUCAACGCCAGAGAAACAGACAAAUAAAGCAGUAACAAUAACAGACAACGAUGAUGCAAUCAAUGAUGAGCAAAGCGAUAAAGUAGAAGAAAAUACUCAAAACGAGUCAUCAACGGGAACUGUUGAAAAUCAAUCAGUAGAAUCAGAAACAAAUGAGAGUAAAGAAGACAUUUUGGAAAAAAAACUUAAAGAAUUACAAAGCCUACUUAAACAUGUCCGAAAGAAGCAAGGCAUUUUUCCGAGUUCUUUUAGAAAAAGAAAAGCUGAAAAAGAGAUUCAAGCAAAAAGAACUAAAUUAGAUACAUCCUUAAUCAAUGACAAAGAAAAGUUGAUGCAUAGACUAAAAACAUACUCUUACUUAUAUCAUCAUAAACCACGCCCGUUGUCUGCUUUGGAAUGUGCACAGCAUGGUUGGAUUAAUUCACACAAGAUAGUCGAUAAAGAUCCUUUCCUUGCUAUUCUUCACUGUGUAGAAUGUACCAGUGAUAUUUAUGUGAUAGAUAUUGAACCUGGACGCUAUGAUAAUACACAAGUUGGUAAUAUAGAGAAAAAAUAUAAAGAAGGGCUCUUUAAUUGGCAUAAAGAAGACUGUGUUUGGAGAAAAGAGUGUUCUUCAGAUGAUCUUUAUUCAUUUCCAUUAAUAACCUUAUCUGAAGGAGUCAACAGAUUCAAACAUGAAGGAAAGAUGAUAUCCACUUACCAGCAUAUACCACAUGUCUCCAAUGAAGUUGAACAUGCUACUCUGAGAAAGGUUCAGUAUGUUAUUAGGGAUGCAGAAGGAUUAUCGGAUGAAAAUGAUAUUAAAGAAAAUAUUACGAAUGCGUAUUUGCUUGCAUUGUUUGGAUGGCAGCAUAUAAGCCCACAAAUGUCUGGUGUUCAGUGUACUCUAUGUUUUGCUCGUAGCCAAUUCCAUGUAGAUCAACAAACAUUUGACGCGUUCAAUGAGCAUCGUAUUUAUUGCCCUUGGAGGAAUAGUCAGAUAGCUCGAGCAUUGCCACCAAAAAAACAUUAUGAAGCUCAAACUCUGAGUGGAAUCGAAUGGAUGACCCAGGUGAUUCACAUAGAACAUGCUUUACUUGUAAGACGUCAUCAUUUAGGUUUCUAUAAUCAACAUAUAAAAGAUGAAGUGUAUAAAAAGGUCAAGAAAGAGAUUGCUCAUUCAUACAAACUAUUGGAUGAAUAUAUGCCAAGGAUAAAGCAGACAGAAACAAUAGAAUAA